AGAUGUUGCUUCUUCGUCCUACUCCGCCUUUCGUUCGUUAACAAACGACAGUACUAAGCCUGUAUAUGUUAGUCACAGUUGGUCAAGUUUGUCUCGGUCAUUCAGUUCAAGGCCUACUGGAAAUGAUGUCAUUGGUAUUGAUUUGGGUACAACUAAUUCAUGUGUUUCUGUUAUGGAGGGAAAGAAUCCAAAAGUCAUUGAGAAUUCUGAAGGUGCACGAACUACACCAUCCGUGGUUGCUUUCAACCAAAAAGGGGAGCUGCUUGUAGGUACACCAGCCAAGCGUCAAGCUGUAACUAACCCAACAAACACUCUAGUUGGUAUCAAGCGUCUGAUUGGUAGGCGCUUUGAUGAUGCACAAACCCAAAAAUAGAUGAAAAUGGUUCCAUUCAAGAUUGUUAAGGCUCCCAAUGGAGAUGCAUGGGUUGAAGCUAAUGGACAACAAUAUUCCCCUAGCCAAAUUGCUGCCUUUGUUCUCACCAAGAUGAAGGAAACUGCAGAAUCUUAUCUUGGAAAGACAGUUUCUAAGGGAGUAGUUACUGUUCCAGCUUACUUCAAUGAUGCUCAAAGGCAGGCAACAAAAGACGCUGGUAGAAUUGCAGGUAUUGAUGUGCAAAGAAUCAUCAAUGAGCCCAUUGCUGUCGCACUUUCAUAUGGGAUGAACAACAAGGAGGGUCUCGUUGCUGUUUUUGACCUUGGUGGUGGAACAUUUGAUGUUUCCAUCUUAGAAAUUUCUAAUGAUGUUUUUGAGGUGAAAGCAACAAAUGGUGACACUUUCUUGGGAGGAGAGGACUUUGAUAAUGCCUUAUUGGAGUUUUUGGCGAGUGAAUUCAAGAGGACUGAGAGUAUUGACCUUUCUAAGGAUAGGCUUGCCUUGCAAAGGCUUCGCGAAGCUACUGAGAAAGCUAAGAUAGAACUGUCUUCAACAUCUCAGACAAAGAUAAACUUGCCUUUCAUCACUGCUGAUGCAUCUGGUGCUAAGCAUCUGAACAUCACAGUGACUAGAUCUAAGUUUGAAGCUCUAGUAAAUAACUUGAUUGAAAGAACUAGGGCUCCAUAUCAAAGUUGUUUGAAUGAUGCAAACAUAUCUGUCAAGGAUAUUGACGAGGUUCUUCUUGUUGGAGGGAUGGCCCGUGUGCCUAAAGUCCAAGAGGUGGUUUCAACGAUAUUUGGAAAGCCUCCCAGUAAAGGAGUAAAUCCUGAUGAGGCAGUUGCAAUGGGAGCAGCACUCUAGGUUGGUAUCCUACGUGGAGAUGUUAAAGAGCUACUGAUUUUGGAUGUAACACCCCUCUCUCUGGGUAUUGAGACUUUGGGUGGUAUCUUUACAAGGUUAAUCAACCGCAACACUACUAUUCCUAUAAAAAAGAGUCAGGUCUUUUCAA